AUGGUCAAUGUACACUUCCCCCUCGCCCUCUGCUUGCCCUCCAGGCUUGCGCUUCUCUACAAGGAGAACUUUCCUCCGAAGCCUACGUGGUCGGUCGAGGAAAUUCCCGACCUCACUGGGAAGGUUGCAAUAGUAACCGGUGCCAACACAGGUCUGGGCUUUGAGUCUGCGCGCAUUCUUGCUUCCCAUGGAGCAAAAGUGUAUGCGACCGCCCGCUCGCAGGAGAAAGGCACUGCAGCCGUACAGAAAAUCAAUGACGAGUUGGCAAAGUUGCAGAAUUCUAGUGGCGAGGCCGUGCUGCUGGUAUUGAGCCUGGACGACUUGCAGAGCCUGAAGCGCGCCGUGGAUGAGUUUACCAGCAAGGAAACCAGACUUGACAUUCUACUGAAUAAUGCCGGCAUUAUGAUGCCUCCAGAAGACACGAAGGGCCCCAUGGGCAUUGAUCCCCAGUUCGCUACAAACGUACUGGGGCCUUUCGUACUAACGCGUUUACUAUUGCCAACGCUGCUCAAAACCACGAGAGAUUCGCCAGACGGCACAGUUCGCGUAGUCAAUGUAUCCUCCCUGGCACAUGGAUGGUGUCCAUCAGGCGGCAUCAGAUUUGACGACCUGUCCAAAGGAUCUAACUACCUGCGAUACGCGCAGUCAAAGCUUGGCGAUCUUGUCUACGCGCGAGAGCUCGCGCGUCGAUACACUGACCAGGGCGUCAUAUCUGCCGCUGUCAGCCCAGGGAACAUCGACACCGGCCUGUGGGCGCACCAAAAAGGCUCUCUACUCUCGCCGAACACCCUCGUCGCGAAGCUGAAGUAUCCCGUCUCGUACGGCGUCCUGACCCAGCUGUACGCGUGCACGUCGCCGGAGGUCACCAAGGAGGACUCGGGUCGGUACUUCUUCCCUUGGGCAAGGAGGGGCCACGCCCUCCGCAGCGAGGCCGAUGAUCCUGCGCUGGGCACGAAGUUGUGGGAUUGGUGUGAGGAGCAGAUGAAGAAGGCAGGGAUCACGGCGUAAAUCAUCAUCUGUCGCCGGAUGUGAUCAGAUCUUUCUAGCCCCCAUUGCUAGCGCAGCACUAACGUAUAGUCCCUGACUAAUGGUCCCGUUUGUCAUUCGUUUGGCCAAUCAUUUUCUUCUUAGUA